UGGCUGGCUGGUUGUUCAUCGGCGUUUUCGUUCCCGCGUCAUUUCGUUCGUCGAUACGCGUCAUUGUCGAUCGACUGUCGAUCGUCCGUAGAAUCGUGUCGCAGGACACCAGGCCACGUAUGUAGGAGCAGGUAGGAACGUGACGAAGCGUAUUCUUGAAAAAUCGCGGAUCGGAGUUGACGAGAGUUGAAAGGGAAAAUUUUGUUUUUGUCGGAUACGUUCGUUGUGUGGUUUGCCGUACGGAGUUGGGAGGAUUUCGCAGUGGAAUCUAGACUUUUCUAAGUGCAAGGCAAUGGUACGAUGACCGCUUUUGGGUUCCUCGUGUAUGCAUUCGCCGUAGCAACGGGCUCGCUCGCGUAUUACAGUGACGAUGAAUGCAUCUUUCCUCUUUUGGAUAGAGCUCGUAUAACAGCGACAACUUCCUUACCUGAAAGAGGACCGAAAAAUGCUAGGCUGCAUGGCGGAAACGCAUGGACAGCUAGCAGUUCUGAUUUCGGUCAGUAUUUAAUAAUCGACUUGGGCCAAGUGAUGAACAUCACAGCUGUGGCAACUCAAGGACGAUCAGUGCAGAACGAAUAUGUUAUGGAAUAUCGUAUUAGCUAUGGUACCAAUGGACUCGAUUAUGUGGAUUAUAAGGAAGAAGAUGGCCAUGCAAAGAUGUUUAAAGGUAAUGUAGAUGGAGAUAGUACAAAGCUUAAUAAAUUUGAUGUAUCGAUAAUUGCACAAUGGAUUAGAAUAAAUCCAACACGAUGGCGAGAUAGGAUAUCGCUGAGGAUCGAACUUUACGGAUGCGAUUAUGUAUCUGACAUCGCUUCCUUUAACGGAUCUUCUCUGAUACGAUUGGAUUUACUCAGAGAACCUAUCGAGACCGACAGACAUUCUAUACGUUUUCGAUUUAAAACAAAUAAUGCUGACGGCGUAUUAAUGUAUUCUCGUGGCACACAGGGUGAUUACAUAGCCUUGCAACUGCGCGACAACAGGAUGUUGCUUAAUAUUGAUCUCGGAUCUGGUAUUAUGACAAGUCUAUCUGUAGGCAGUCUUUUGGACGAUAACAUGUGGCACGAUGUUGUAAUCUCACGCAAUCGGAAAGAUAUUUGGUUUUCUGUUGACAGAGUUUUGAUUAAAGGUAGAAUAGAAGGAGAGUUUCAUCGACUGGAUUUAAAUCGAGAGUUUUACAUCGGCGGUGUGCCUAAUAAACAGGAUGGUUUGGUGGUAAUCCAAAAUUUUACCGGUUGUAUAGAGAAUUUUUAUCUAAACUCGACGAAUAUAAUUCGCGAGCUAAAGGAAACGGAAAUUAUAGAUGAGAAUUUACGAUAUUACAAGAUUAAUACGCUUUACGCUUGUCCAGAACCUCCGAUAAUACCUGUUACGUUUUUGACUCCUGGAUCUUACGCCAAACUGAGAGGCUACGAGGGCGUAGGAUCUAUGAACGUUUCUCUCGCGUUUCGAACAUACGAAGAGAGAGGCAUAAUUCUUUACCAUAAAUUUACGACUCCGGGUUAUGUCAAGCUAUACUUGGAAGAAGGUAAACUGAAAGUCGACAUACAAACGUAUGACAACCCGGUCGCGACCUUAGACAAUUUUUACGAGAAGUUCAACGACGGGAAAUGGCAUCAAGUAAUCUUGACGAUUGCUAAAAAUUUGCUCGUUUUAAAUGUCGACGGACGCCCGAUGAAAACGGAGCGUCUCUUGAGUUUGAUAACCGGAUCGUAUUAUUUCGUUGGUGGUACGAUCGGAUCGGAGAGCAAUAAUGGCUUUAUUGGCUGUAUGAGAAUGAUAAGUAUCGAUGGUAAUUAUAAAUUGCCGACCGACUGGAAGGAGGAGGAGUACUGCUGUAGGAACGAAAUUGUUUUCGACUCUUGUCAGAUGGUAGAUCGCUGCAAUCCAAAUCCUUGCAAACAUUUCGGUGUUUGCCGGCAAAAUUCUGAUGAAUUUUUCUGCGAUUGUGCUCAUACUGGGUAUACCGGUGCCGUCUGUCAUACCUCGUUAAAUCCCUUGUCAUGCGAGGCAUUUAAAAAUAUGAAUGCAGUAAAUCAGCGUGCGGAAAUUAAAAUCGAUGUUGACGGGAGCGGGCCUUUGAAGCCUUUCCCUGUCACUUGCGAGCUACUUUCCGAUGGUCGCGUAAUGACAUUUUUGCAUCAUAGUAAUGAGCAAUUAACUCCUGUCGAUGGAUUUCAAGAACCUGGCAGUUUUAUACAGGAUAUUAAUUAUGAUGCUGAUUUUGAUCAAAUAGAGGCUUUAUUAAAUCGAUCUAUAAGCUGUACACAAAGGAUAAGUUAUGCAUGCAAACGUUCCAAAUUAUUUAAUACUCCAGUUCCCCAAAGUGAUUACUUUAGACCGAAUUCGUGGUGGGUCAGUCGGAAUAAUCAGAAGAUGGAUUAUUGGGGUGGCGCAUUAUCCGGGUCGCGAAAAUGCGAGUGUGGUAUAGAUGGAAAAUGCCAGGAUAUUACCAAGUGGUGCAAUUGCGACGCCGAUCUAGACGGAUGGUUAGAGGAUAGCGGAGAAAUUAGAGAGAAGGAACAUCUUCCUGUUAAACAAUUACGUUUUGGUGAUACUGGUACCCCACUCGAUGAAAAAGAAGGUCGUUAUAUGUUAGGUCCACUUAUUUGUGAAGGCGAUGAUUUAUUCAAGAAUGUAGUCACAUUCCGCAUAAGAGAUGCUAGCGUCAAUUUGCCAACCUUUGAUAUUGGGCACAACGGUGACAUUUAUUUCGAGUUUAAAACCACCGUCCAGGAUGCUGUAAUGAUUCAUAGCAAAGGACCCACCGAUUAUAUCAAAAUUUCUAUACACAGUGGAAACCAAAUACAUUUCCAGUAUGUGGCCGGUGGAGGACCGCUUACCGUUAGCGUGCAAACAUCUUACAAUUUGGGUGACGAUAUGUGGCAUUCCGUAUCAGUGGAAAGAAAUCGCAAGGAAGCCCGAAUCGUCAUCGAUGGAGCGAUGAAAAACGAAGUGCGAGAACCUCCAGGUCCAGUGCGAGCGUUGCAUCUUACCUCAGAUUUCGUAGUUGGUUCUACGAUCGAUUACAAGGACGGAUUCGUCGGUUGCAUAAGAGCACUACUUCUCAACGGACAAUUGCAAGAUCUGAGAGGUUAUGCUCGGCGCGGUUUGUACGGCGUUACGGAAGGUUGCAUUGGUAGAUGCGAAAGUAAUCCUUGCCUUAAUAAUGGCACGUGCCACGAAGCAUACGAUGGAUAUCGGUGCGACUGCCGGUGGACCGCAUUUAAGGGACCAAUUUGUGCAGACGAGAUUGGUGUAUAUAUGAAACCUAGUUCGAUGAUAAAAUACGAUUUCAUGGGUAGCUGGCGUUCCACUAUCUCUGAGAAAAUACGCGUUGGUUUUACGACAACGAAUCCGAAAGGAUUUCUAUUGGGUCUAUUCUCCAAUAUUUCUGGAGAAUACAUGACUAUAAUGAUUUCAAACAGUGGACACUUACGCGUAGUAUUUGACUUUGGUUUCGAGCGGCAGGAAGUCAUAUUUCCGAAGAAGCAUUUCGGUUUGGGACAGUAUCACGAUGUCAGGAUUGGCAGGAAAAAAUCUGGCGCUAUCUUAACAUUGCAAGUCGAUAAUUAUGAGACGAAAGAGUUCGAAUUUAAUAUAAAGCAUUCUGCAGACGCGCAAUUCAACAAUAUUCAGUACAUGUACAUUGGCAGAAACGAGUCUAUGUCGGAGGGAUUCGCGGGCUGUAUAUCAAGAGUUGAAUUUGACGAUAUAUAUCCACUGAAGCUACUCUUUCAAGAGAACGGACCUCCAAACGUCCGCUCACUCGGUUCUCCAGUAAACGAAGACUUCUGCGGAGUCGAACCGGUCACACAUCCGCCAUAUAUUAAAGAGACUCGACCACCACCUCAAGUAGAUGAGGAAAAAGUGAGAGCGGCAUAUAACGAGACAGACACAGCUAUUCUAGGAAGCGUAUUAGCGAUUAUUCUGAUUGCACUUGUGAUCAUGGCGAUUCUUAUAGGCAGAUAUAUGUCUAGGCAUAAAGGUGAAUACUUGACGCAAGAAGAUAAAGGUGCUGAAAUUGCCCUAGAUCCGGAUUCAGCCGUCGUAAAUUCUGCCACUGGUCAUCAAGUUCAGAAAAAGAAAGAGUGGUUUAUCUAAAAACUGAAAUGCAUCAUAUUAGAUAUGUAUGCGUUAGAGAGAAGUAACAAG